CCGCCCGCCGCCUAUCGAUUCUGCCCUUACCCUUUCUCGCCCACCUGAUUCUCUGCUCUCUUCCUUCUUCCCCUCUCUGACAGAACAUCCCUCCCCCGAAUUUUUUUGCCCUUUCCCUCUUUACUCUUAAGUUGUGCAUGUGCAUUUCCGGCCUACAGUCUUCCCAGAACUUCUAAAUUGCGAUCAUUCGAAAUAAUGGGUCAGACUUUGUCAGAACCAGUAGUCGAUAAGACUUCGGCCGAGGGCGAGGAUGAUUGCUGCAUUUACGGCGUUUCAGCCAUGCAGGGCUGGAGAAUCAGCAUGGAGGAUGCCCAUGCUGCCGUCCUAGACCUCCACGCGAAGUAUACGAGUCCAGAAGAGACACCAACGGAUCCCGCCAAACGCCUAGCUUUCUUUGGAGUAUACGAUGGACAUGGUGGAGACAAAGUCGCACUGUUUGCCGGAGAAAACGUGCACAGGAUCGUCGCAAAACAGGAUUCAUUCGCAAAGGGUGACAUUGAGCAGGCCUUGAAAGAUGGCUUCUUAGCCACCGAUCGGGCUAUCUUAGAAGACCCGAAGUAUGAAGAAGAAGUCUCCGGCUGUACGGCAGCUGUCAGUGUAAUUUCAAAGCAUAAGAUCUGGGUGGCCAAUGCGGGUGAUUCUCGCUCCGUGCUUGGAGUUAAGGGCCGGGCAAAGCCUCUUUCUUUUGAUCAUAAACCACAAAAUGAAGGCGAGAAAGCUCGUAUCAGUGCCGCAGGUGGCUUUGUCGAUUUCGGCCGUGUGAACGGAAACCUGGCCCUGUCGCGAGCCAUUGGUGAUUUUGAGUUCAAGAAGAGCCCGGAGCUUGCACCCGAACAGCAGAUCGUGACCGCCUAUCCGGAUGUGACAGUCCAUGAGCUUAGUGAUGACGAUGAAUUCCUUGUCAUAGCCUGUGACGGUAUCUGGGACUGCCAGUCUUCCCAGGCUGUGGUUGAGUUUGUUCGCCGCGGUAUCGCCGCGAAGCAAGAACUUUACCGGAUUUGUGAGAACAUGAUGGACAACUGCUUGGCUUCAAACAGCGAAACUGGUGGGGUUGGAUGUGACAACAUGACUAUGAUAAUCAUUGGCCUCCUGAACGGCAGGACUAAAGAGGAAUGGUAUAAUCAGAUAGCUGAGCGGGUGGCCAAAGGCGACGGCCCUUGCGCUCCUCCCGAAUACGGCAAGUCUCUUGAGGAUUCUACGGCCUCCAACCCCUACUGACUGAGCGGGGAUGCAGCUGAAUUCCGCGGCCCUGGUAUCCGUAAUCAGUUUGAAGAAAAUCCGGAUGACUACGAUAUGGAAAAUGAUCGCGCGCGUGGCUUCAGUGUUCGCUCGGGCCGCAUUAUUCUCCUAGGUGACGGCACUGAACUGGUCCCUGAUCAAAACGACGAGGAGCUCUUUGACCAAACUGAGGAAGACCGGGAUCUGCCUAGUCAGGUACAGCGCGAAUCGCCUGAUUCUGCCAGGAAUGAGCGUGAAGGAACUCCGGGACCUCAAUCUAAAACUGACGCUGCCUCCAAGUCUGCAGAAGGAUCAUCUGCUAGUACAUCCGAGUCAACCUCUGCUGCCGCGGAGAGCUCUACCUCUGGAGCCCCUGAAAAAUCUACGUCGUAGUUGUGAUGGACUCUUUGCAUCUGUAUCCCCCUUUCCGAUAUUUUGGUUUUUUGAAACGAAUCUUGUGAUUUUAUGAUUGUUCCGCCUUGCACCAAUGUCCUCCCACUUUCGCCUUGUUUUCCCGGUUUAUCACAAUAGUCACCUCCUCCCUUUCCCUGCAGUUGACACCCCGUGGCAUUGAACGGGGCGGAACAAGUGGCGGAAAACCUUCUGUGUCCCUAGAUGGCCAGGUAUCUUUCAUGUCUUGCAGGAUGGGUUAUAAGGGCUCCUCUUAGGAUAGGAGGUUUUACUUCGUUUUCCAUUUCAAGCCGCAAGCGGCAGAUCUUACGAGAAUACGUCUUGAUUCAUGCCUUACCACAAGAUAUCGUGCCAAAUGACCCACUAUUGAUGAACUUUGAUAAUUAUGAUUUAUUCCCCCCGCCUUUAUUUUUUUUCUUCUCUCUUUUUUCAUCCGUGGCUUCCUCCCGCCCUUUUUGCUCCAUCUAUCUACCUAUUCAUUAACUUUCGUCUGGUUUCAUUCUCCCUCACCACUUCCCGGGGAUCUGCUGCUCUCUUCUAUCAUUCGCACCGGGUCGCAUAAUGGACCAAACGGGGCUCUUGGGAAAACGCAGAGCCGGGGGAGUAAAGUCGGCGGGGGAGUAUGGGAACGAAGAUGCUCUAUUGCACAUGUGACGGCGUAUCCGGAAAGCAAUCAAUGGCAUGAAGACCUUUUUAGUCAGAACUGGAAUGGCAUCUAGUCGAAUGCUUCAGCAGUGGAGUUCUGGAAAUGUGAUGGAUACAGGCGAUCUUUCUCAUGUUCUGUUAUUUUUUACUCGUACGGAAUAUAGAAUCGUUGGCCGAGUGAAUGCGUCCAAGCCCACAUACCGGAGUGACGUAUGAUGAAAUGGGGUGGGAAAGAGCGAAAGCGAGAGAGAGAGAUUUAGUGUAAACCG